UCAUGCAUUUGAAGAUUCAAAUCCGCUUUUUUACAAAUCACAAUGCAGUAUUUGCACAGUUGCACUUCCUCAUACUGUUAAACACUAGUGUACUGUGAAGAGUAACAAAUGACAGAUUCUUUUCCAAGGGAAGCAUACAAGCUGAGCAAGACAUUUGACACCUGUGAUCAUCUGAAGUUGUACAUCUUCACUCUAUGGUCCAUCUUCAGCUUUUUUUGUAACUUGGACGUUUGUGUUGUUAAACAGCCUAGGUAUGGAUAUAGGCCCCAAAAUGGAAACAACCACAGACUAUUUCUACAUCUAUUCUGAAGAAGAGAUUGACUACGACAAAUUAGCAGUAAAUGCUCCAUGUGUUAAGGACAACAUUGGGUCUAUCUUCCUCCCAACAGUCUACUCCUUACUGUUUGUGGCUGGACUUCUAGGGAAUACUCUUGUUUUGUGGGUAUUGAUCAGAUGUGUAAAACUAAGGAGCAUGACUGAUGUUUCUCUUCUGAAUUUGGCAGUUUCUGAUUUGUUGUUUGUUUUCUCACUUCCAUUCCUGGCAUAUUAUGCAAAAGAUCAGUGGCUCUUUGGGGACGUGAUGUGUAAAAUAAUCCUAGGGUGUUACAGUAUUGGCUUCUACAGUGGUAUAUUUUUUGUAACCCUGAUGAGUAUAGACAGGUAUCUAGCAAUAGUCCAUGCAGUGUAUGCACUAAGAACUAGAACAGUGAAGUAUGGCACCAUUGCAAGCAUUGUGGUUUGGAUAGCAUCCUUCCUGGUUUCAUUUCCAGAGAUAAUAUACAAUCAAGAGAUCAAUGACAACAUAACCACGUGCAGACCUAAGUAUCCAGAUUCCAAUCUAAAAACCCUGAAAGCACUUCAUAUUUUUAAAAUGAAUGUACUGGGGCUGCUGAUCCCAUUUGGAAUCAUGGUUUUCUGUUAUUCGUGUAUCAUAAAAAGAUUACUGAGUUGCAGAUCUGUCAAAAAGCAAACCAUUAAACUUGUUUUUUUAGUAGUCAUGGUAUUUUUCCUUUUCUGGACUCCAUAUAAUAUUGUUUCCUUUUUGGACGCUUUACAGGUCUUUCAUGUAUUUGAUGAUUGUGAAACACAUAAGAGACUUGACUUAAGCCUUCAGGUCACAGAGUCAAUAGCCUAUGUCCACAGUUGCUUGAACCCAUUGAUCUAUGUGUUUGCUGGAGAAAAGUUUCAGAAGCACCUCGCCAGACUGUUACUCAGAUUUAUAGACUGUAAGAUAUUAAGAAAUUUGCAACCAACCACUAGUUCAGUGCACUCAAGAUCAACCAGCAUAGUUGAACAUUCCUCAGCCAUAUACAAUUGAAUUGUCCUUGUAUACUAUAUUUACUAUCCACCAAUAUCCUGGAUGGAAUCAUAAGAAUGUAACUGAUUUUUAAAGUCAUUUAAAAUGCUUCAGUGCUGGAAAUAUAGUAUAUUUUACAUAUGUUACAUAUAUGAAUUAUUAGAUAGCCUACUAGAUGAAAGAAUAAUUUAAAUCAGUAUCUGAGUACUAAAAAAUAAUGGUACACUAUAGCCUAUACUGGAAAAGAUAAGAUACAGACCCUUUAUCCUUGACCCUCCAAGUGCCAAAUCUAGACGUCCUGAGAAAGCUACACUGGUUGUAAAAUGUAAGAGUGGUUUCAAUGAUUUAGUUACAAAAUGACCAGCCCCUCAAGUCUGGUGAAUGGUACUGUAAAUACCAUCAACUUAGGAAUAUAAUAUGUCCCCAAUGUAUUGUAUAUUAUACUCGUGACUGCACAGUUUAAUUUAACAUCCCUUGUACUGUAUAACUCAAACCUGUUUUAAAACGCGCAGAGGGAAAAUCAAGUGGAAUCAAUCAUAUUUUAAACUUAGUUUAUAGUAUAAUCAACAUUAUCCAGGUAGCAAUUAAGCAUAAACUGUAUACUUGUUGAAAAGAGUUGUAUUUUUUUCUCAAAUAUAAAUGAAGGCUCAACUGCAGACAGCUACAAGAAAAAAUGGUUAAGUGUUCAUGUAGGUUCAAACUAAUGAUAGACAUGUAAAUAUUGUAAUAUUCAGAAAAUUGUGCAAUGGCUGUAACUGUACAGUAUAUACUUACUGUUUUUGGAGGUAAUGAAAGUGUACUGAACUGCUGAUUAAAAAUGGACCUGUUUUUAUUGUAAAUAUAAACUCAAUGUAAUUCCAUGCAUCUCACCUGUUUGUGGGAUUAUUUCAUUUUAAUACAUUGUUAUAAAUAUGUGUUGUGAUUUUUUUUAUGUCUUAACAGAGCUGUAUUUCUAUAUGCUUGUUAAAAAAAAAAAAAUAAAAAAAAUAACUUUUGCACUAAUAUCAGUGUAUACAAAAGAUGAUUUCAUUUUCUGGCCUAACAAUAAAGCUGA